GCUUGUGGCUGGAAACGUCAGGGCGGGUUCUUUGAGAACGUGAUAUCCAGAGGUCACGUGAUAUGCACUUCGGAAAGCCUGUGCCAAGCACGUGACGAUGCUAGUGACCGGCAAGUGAGGAGAGCAGUCAGUGAGUUUGCAAGGAAGAAAUAUCUUUACUGGCUAGAGGGGCCAAGUCUAUGUGAGACCGUAGAGACAGGUAUUGUUUCUAUGACAAAACUAUGCUCUUUGUUCCAAGACCUACGUGAUGGGGAUAAGCUUACUUCACUCAUUCAAGACGCAAGAAGAUUCCUUAUGUAUCAUAAAGGUGCCAUCGAAGGGUAUCCUCUGCAGUCGUAUGCAUCGGCAUUAUUGUUCAGCCCAAUAGGUAGUCAGACCAGACAACUAUUCAAGCACGAAGAGCCUAAGGGAAUCACCAUCAGGCCAGCGUCAAGCGACAAGUGGAGCGCGUGCCUCCAGACCCUCGAGGGCCAUAGCGAUACAGUCAGAUCCGUAGCCUUCUCGCGCGACUCAACGAGGCUGGCGUCAGGGACGGGUGACGGGGCGUUAAGGAUCUGGGAUGCGAGCAGUGGCGUGUGCCUCCAGACCCUCGAAAUUGGCCAUACUCCUUUCAACUUAUCCUUUGAUUCUACUGGCUCUAUUCUCUAUACUGAAAUGGGGACUAUUGCCCUCCAAGGUGGAGAAGAUUUAUCCUUUGGCUCUACUGGCUCUGUCCUCUAUACUGAGAUAGGGACUAUUGCCCUCCGAAGCAGAGAAGGCUUUACUGCAAAGGAGACCAUAGAGCUCACACGUUCCCAGUUUGUAUCCACUAGCCUCAGCUCAGACAGGAAAUGGAUCACUCAUAAGGGUAAGAACGUACUAUGGAUUCCAUCAGAGUAUCGGCCGUCUUGUUCAUCUGUGAGUGGGAACAUUGUAGGUACAGGUGUUAGCUCUGGAAGAGUAUGGUUUUGUACGGCUGAUCUAUAACACUUUAAGCAUUGGUUUUAUC